AUGAAAAUUCUCUUCAACCAACUAGUGGAGGGAAAAAGUAUUGAUGAACUUGAUGCUAGAGAAAUGAAAGGUUUGUUAAAGGUGUUUGUUGCAAAAAGGGCUAAACUUGAUGAAAGAAAGAAAGAACUUAACCAGGCUCCAAAUCCUCCAUCCAACAAAGAAAACAUUACGUUAUCAGCAAGUCCAAUGGAAGAAUCAGUCAAUGAUCCGUGGUUAAUUCAGACUAUAGCUACAUUAGGGGAUGGGAGCGGUGUAGAGUCUGCACAAAAAGAAGGCAAUGGCGUCAAUGUAGAAGAUGAUGGACAUUCCAAGGACCUCGAUUGA